UGGUCUCUGCGCAACCCCUUGGCUCGAUACAGUAUUUUGUCUUUAUUUCUUUCAUUUCGGUCUACUGAAUACGCAGUGCGAUACAAAUAGCCAUGUAGCUACAUAGCUGGGAUACAGGCUAUGUUUUAGAAAUUCCAAUAGCAACUUCCACAGACACAGCGAGGAGUCGGCGCCCGAAUACAAACAGCCUCAGCUUUCAUUUACAAGCUACGCAUCCGGGCUGAGAGUGGAGUAGGAAGAGAAAAAAAAGCGGAACACCAUACUAGACAUCCGAUAAGGAGCUACCCGUUCAAUCGGAGGGUUUGGCCUGCCCCCGUUAUGACCGCUCUGAGACAAAGGAAAGGGAGCAGGGGGAAAGAGAACAGUCAGGAGAAUCAGAGACAGGACCAUCCCGAGGUCGUCUCCAACAUCAGCCCUGCAGGUCUGUGGACGUGGUGGACGGUGGCAUGGGGGGGCAUCGGGGGUGUCAUGGGAGUGUCCCUUGGCCUGCUGAGCAGCAUCUAUGUGGCAACGUUGCAUGAAAAUGACUUGUGGUUCUCUAACAUCAAGGAAGUUGAGCGUGAAAUCUCCUUCCGGACGGAGUGCGGCUUGUACUACUCCUACUACAAGCAGAUGGUGGAGGCCCCCUCCAUCCAGCACGGUCUUCAGGACCUCAUUAACGACAACGCCACCGAAUCCCGGAGGACCAUCAAUCUCCUGCAGCGAAUGAACAUCUACCAGGAAGUGUUCCUGAGCAUUCUCUACAGACUUCUCCCCAUCCAGGAGUACUUGCAGCCUGUGUACUUCUACAUCUACACGGUGUUCGCCCUGCAAGCCGUGUACGUCAUCGCCCUUUACAUCACCAGCUGGGUUCUGAGCGACUCGUGGCUGGCAGGGGCGCUAACCGCUACGUGGUACAUCAUCAACAGGGUAGACACCACCCGGGUGGAGUUCACCAUCUCUCUGAGGGAGAACUGGUCCCUGCCUUUCUUCGCUCUGCAAGUGGCCGCCAUCACCUGCUACCUGAGACCUCCGCUGAAGCCCCUGCAACAGAAAGUGGUUCUGUGGCUGGUCUUCCUCUCCAGCCUGUGUUUCUGCCUGACGUGGCAGUUUAACCAGUUCAUCCUGCUGGUCCAGGCACUCAUCGUCUUUGGGUUGGACAGUCUGGACCUGGUCCCCCCUGAGCAGGUGAGGUCGCUCUACCUGGUGCAGGCUGCCAGCCUCCUGACCGUGUGGGCGCUGCAGUUCUGCAAUCCCAUGAUCCUCGGCUCCCUGGUGCUCAGCUUCAUCGCGGCCGCUCUCUUUGUCCGGCACUUUCAGAGGGACCUGAAGGCUGGAGGGCUCCUGCCACGACUCGCCAAACUGCUGCUCCACUCGCUGCUCGUCCUGAGUCUGACGUUCGCCGUUAACUAUUUAGCCAAGAGCGUGCUGCAGCUGAGAUCUGACGAGCACAUCUUCAAGUUCAUCAAGGCCAAGUUCGGCUUGGGCUCCACCAGGGACUUCGAUGCGAACCUGUACCUCUGUGAGGAGGCGUUCGGGCUGCUGCCUCUCGACACGUUUGAGCGGCUGGCGGGGACGCUGAUGGUGUACCCCUACCUCUGCACUCUGAGCGUGCUCCUGCUCAUGCUGCUGCUGGUAGGGCUACGCAACCUGAGUUCCAGCGGUGCUGGUUUACAGAAAGAGGAACAGAUGCUGGUCAUCCGGCCAGACGUGGCCUAUAACCUGCUACACACCGUGUGUUUUGGUCUGCUUGCCAUCAGCACCAUGAGAAUGAAGUAUCUGUGGACAGGACACAUGUGUGCCUUUGCUGCCUAUGGCAUAUGUGGGAAGGAGCUAUGGGCUCUCUACCUGAAGGUGAUACACUGCCCCUCUCAGACAAAGCUGAAGCUGAUCAGAUACACCAUCCCGAUCGUUAUUCUGGCUUUUCUUUAUUACAAGUUCUGGCCCAAACUCAUGGAGGAAGUUUCCGAACUUCGGGAAUUCUACGACCCGGACACGGUGGAGCUGAUGACGUGGAUAAGCUCCAAGACCUCAAAAAAAGCGGUGUUUGCGGGAAGCAUGCAGCUCCUAGCCGGGAUCAAACUGUGUACUGGAAGAGCCCUGACCAACCACCCACACUAUGAGGACCGGGCACUGAGGGAGAGGACAAGACAGGUGUACCAGGUCUACGCCCGGCAGCCCCCAGAGGAGGUGCACAGGAUCCUGAGGGCGGCAGGGGCUGACUUUGUGGUCCUGGAGGACAGCAUCUGCUACGAGAGGAGGCACAGCCGGGGAUGCCGUCUACGGGACCUGCUGGACGUGGCCAACGGGCAUAUCAUGGACGGUCCAGGGGAGAAUGACCCAGACCUGGUGCCCGCCCCCCACCCACGCUUCUGUGAAGAGAUCAAACGGGACGUCCCAGAGUUCACCAGCCUGUUCACGCGUGUCUUCAGCAACAAGACCUUCCAUGUGUACAAGCUGAAGAAGGGCAAGAAGCGAGGGAAGGCUGGAGGGAGAGCGGGAGAGCCCGACGCGUAGCGCUUCCCCGCAGCGGCCAUUUUGUUUUAGGCUCGGUCUCCAUCCCCAUCAGCCGCCACCCUCCACCCUCACAGAGACCCAUCAACGCUUCUCCUGCACCCUGUUCUGAGCACCCCGCCAACUCCCAGAGUUGACCCACAGCCCAUGGCUUUCUGUGUGUGUGUGUGUGUGGGGGGGGGGGGGGGUACCUGCCAACGGUGAACGCAAUCUGGGGGGCACAGUGUCAGAGAAGCAGUAGGAUGAUGUUUACAUUUCCUUCCAUUUUGAGACUGGUUUUGAGAGAGAGAGAGAGAGAGAGAGAGAGAGAUUUAAAAAGAAAAAUGAAUUGAGCAGAGCAUUCUGGGAUUGCGUCUCAGCAAGCCACAGCAGCCCAGCGCCUUGUCAUGCAUUUGCCAAACCUGCCAUUCCACCACUUCUGCUAUAUGUGCCAUAUGUCUUUUACACCUGAUAACAUGCCGCCCAGUUUUCUAAUGCAGACUACAGGUAAAUGGCUGUACACUAGGUAUGCCAGUUGUUUUGUAAUGUUGAAAUGUGUGUUGUGUUGUGUCUUAAGUUCCGAUGUUCUUCCGGGUGCCAUUUAAUUUCCCUCCCCCAUAGGUGAAUGGAACGAUCACCUUUUUUUUUUGUCGUUGUGUCCUUCUCUCGUGAACGAUGGCCGUUCUGUUACUGCAAACGCCUUCGCUAAAUAGAGGGCUGGUCCUCCCUAGAAAGGGCGAUGAUUACGGGUUUUGCAAAAAAAAAUAAAAAUGCAUUAAUAAUAAUCUAAAUUACGCUGACCGUGUUAUUAACCUUGUGGAGGAUUCAUCUUAUUGGUUUAUAUUUGCUAGAACAAUUCAGUUUUUAGCCUGCUUUUUUUUUUUUUUUUUGGUGGUACAAAUGAAUAUCACAAUAUCUCCUGUCCUCCUCAAACUUUCACUUACUGCAGGGCUGCAUAUGACAACAUCUGAUGGUUUAGGCAGCUCAGGAACACACAAGUAGUUGCUGUAGUUCUUGAUUUGAUUAGUUCAUUCCCAUUUUAAAAUUCUAACUCGUCAUGUGCGAUGAACGAUGUGCUUGCAGUAGAUUAGAAUGACUUAAUGUGUUGAACUAGAACAGGUGACUUGCGUUUUUUAAGGUUGGCACUGACAGAACAUGACAACGUGAUAUGCCCAACCCAUCAUGUUAUUUUACUCAUUUCACAUACCUUUUAUCUACUGUACGUUGGCAUGAAUCUUUUAAACAAGCAACUUGAAAGUAAGUGCCUUUUAAAGUUGUGGUUUUGCCAGGUCUACUGAUGGUCUUUUCUGACAGUUUGUGUGUACAGUGAGUAGUUAUGAUGUGAAUCGAGGAAAGUUUACAAUUUUGUUACGUAAAAGACCCUCGCUGUCAACCGUGUGAAACAGUGUAAACCCCACUUGCGUGGAUGCAGUAUGUCAUUUCAUUUGUAAUUAUUUGAAUGGGCUUCAAGUGUUUUUCUAAAUCCCUCUGCGACAGGGUUGUUAAGGUGAAAAGCAUGGUUGGUGUUCCGGUGCUUCUCCACGUGCUUUUCUUAACAAAAAUCCAAACUCGUGGAACAGUUUUAAAUACAGAAAAACUGAGUCAAAUUUUGGCGACCACUGCUAAUAGGGCACCCCGGGCUUUUUACAGUGGCCACAGUUGGUCGUGUAGUGAUCAUUUAACAUUUACACAUGGGAAGGGAGUCAUAAACUCAACAUGGUUUCUGUAAAAAAGUCCAGCCAAACAUCCUGCUUUGGUUUUGUUUUCUUAUGAAACAAUCCAGGGUGCCUUUAUAUUCUAUAUAAUAUUCUAUAUUAUAUUCCUGAUUCGUUUUCUUUGUCCGGUCUUUGCCAUUUACAAAGUGCAGCCUCGCUGCUACCUGCUUGAUAUGACAGUGGAUAAAUUGCACUAGUUUGAUCUUGUGAACUCUGUAAUGGUGUUGUUUUGGGGUUCGUUUUAAUUUAUCAGUCGUUCCGUGUCCUGAACAGAUGUAAGUCCUGUCUCUGAGUGUUAGAUAUGUUCAACGGGCUUGCUGUUUUUCCUUUGAUUUUCUUAAUAAAGCAGAUUUUUUUA